AUGGAUCCGUUGGCCAACAACACGCACCCACAAUGGUGGAAAGAUUCUGGGAUGCGGAGACUCAACUUCCUGCUUCUCGCAUGCUACAUUGGUGCCAUGGCCAAUGGCUACAUCAGUUCUCUCAUCUCCAAUCUCAUCGCCAACCCCAGAUACUUUCAAGAUAUACAAGGACUUUCCCAUCCCAAGUUACUCGGAUUAGUAACUGCUGCUCAGUCUAUGGGUUGCAUUGCUGCUUUCUUCCCAGCGCCAUGGCUAUCCGACAAGUACGGUCGUCGCGUCGGAAUUAUCUUUGGCAACAUUGGCAUGAUAGCGGGCUUUACGGGACAGAUAUUCUGUACAAGGUUCGAUCAGUUCCUUGGCAUGCGUAUACUCGUUGGAUUCUCCAGCAUCUCCAACACGAUCUCAUCCUCGGCUCUACUUGUCGAACUUGCGCAUCCACGCCAAAGAGCUGUUGCUGGUGCGCUCUUCAACACCUGCUAUUUCAUCGGCUCAAUCACUGCCGCUUGGGCAUCUUACGGAGCUUUAAGAAUACGGGGCUCAUGGUCGUGGAAGUUACCUGUUGCUAUCCAGCUGUUCUGGUCACUGGCACAGCUGAGUUUGAUAGUAUUCUGUCCAGAGUCACCCAGGUGGCUUGUACGACAUGGAAAGCAGGAGAAGGCCAGAUCUAUCAUGAUACGAUAUCAUGCCAACGGCCACGACGGAGAUGAGCUGGUAUCAUCUGAGUUUGCGAGGAUGUGUGCAUCGACUGCGGCUGAGGCCCAGAACAAUACAACGGGAUGGUUGGCGUUACUUUCGACACCAGGCAAUCGCAAACGCCUUGUUCUGUCUGUUGUCAUAGCCGUGGCCACACAGUGGGUUGGAAAUGGAAUCAUCAGCUUCUACCUGGCACCGGUACUACGAACAGUCGGAAUCACCAACUCUCUUCACCAACAAGGCAUCAAUGGUGGGCUUCAAAUAUACGUCUGGCUCUUAGCUUGCGGUGCCGCACUCCUAUGCGAGAAGGCUGGUCGACGCCGCCUUUUUCUGACAUCCACUGGCCUAAUGCUAAUCUUCAUGGUGCUGAUAACGAUCUGUUCAGCUUUAUACUCAGCCACAGGCUCCACUUCUGCUGGCUAUGCAGUGAUCAUAUUCCUCUUUCUUUUCUCCGGCGGUUACGUUAUUGGUCUGACGCCCAUACCGAUCCUCUACGUCAAUGAAAUCUGGCCAAGUCAUCUCCGAACAAAAGGCACCAGUGUCUUUUGGGUAUCCCAAGCGGUAUCAAUUACAUUCAAUCAGUUCGUAAAUCCGGUCGCCAUUGAUAAGAUUGCUUGGAAGUACUACUUGGUCUAUAUUGGUGUUCUGGUCGUCGUUAUUAACUUCAUCUUCUUCUAUGUGCCAGAGACGAAGGGACUUUCUUUGGAGCAAAUCAGCAGUAUAUUCGAUCCAGUGCAGGAAGUCGCUAUUGAGCUACCGGAUGUUAAUCGAGAGGCACGGGCAUGA